AACGCCAACUUUCCCGGGCAGCUGCGCCCAAGUUCCCACCGCCCGCAGCCGCUCCCGCCCCGCACCGACCUAGCUGCAGCCUCUUCAGGCCCCGCACCAACUCCGCUCCGGUCCCUCUCUGACACCUUCAGGGCCCCCGGCCCCUCCAGCUCCGCUCCCACCCAGCUCCAGUCCCGCAGGCCCGCCGCUCGGCGAGGAGACACACUAAAGAAGUAAACAGGUCAUGGCACGCUUAACAAAAAGACGACAGGCGGAUACAAAAGCUAUCCAGCAUCUUUGGGCAGCCAUUGAGAUCAUAAGGAACCAGAAGCAAAUCGCCAACAUUGACCGUAUUACAAAGUAUAUGUCUCGAGUCCACGGUAUGCAUCCAAAAGAGACCACCCGUCAGCUGAGCUUAGCUGUGAAAGAUGGUCUUAUUGUCGAAACUCUAACAGUGGGCUGCAAAGGUUCAAAAGCUGGUAUUGAGCAAGAAGGAUAUUGGUUGCCAGGAGAUGAGAUUGCCUACAGUAUGCAGCCUUUCUCCCGGACAGCAACCCCAAACAAGGACUGGGAAACAGAAAAUCAUGACUGGUAUUGUUUUGAAUGCCAUUUGCCUGGAGAGGUGUUGAUAUGUGACCUGUGUUUUCGUGUGUAUCAUUCCAAGUGUUUGUCUGAUGAGUUCAGGCUUAGAGACAGCAGUAGUCACUGGCAGUGCCCAGUUUGCAGGAGCGUUAAGAAAAAGAAUACAAACAAACAGGAGAUGGGCACAUACCUGAGAUUCAUUGUCUCCCGCAUGAAAGAGAGGGCUAUUGAUCUUAAUAAAAAGGGGAAGGACAAUAAGCAUCCAAUGUACAGGAGGCUGGUACAUUCAGCUGUUGAUGUUCCCACCAUACAAGAGAAAGUGAAUGAAGGGAAAUACCGAAGUUAUGAAGAGUUCAAAGCUGAUGCUCAACUGCUUCUCCACAACACAGUGAUUUUCUAUGGAGCAGACAGUGAGCAAGCUGACAUUGCAAGGAUGCUGUAUAAAGACACAUGUCAUGAGCUGGAUGAACUACAGCUUUGCAAGAAUUGCUUCUAUUUGUCAAACGCACGUCCUGACAAUUGGUUUUGCUAUCCUUGUAUACCUAAUCAUGAGCUGGUUUGGGCUAAAAUGAAAGGUUUUGGGUUUUGGCCAGCCAAAGUCAUGCAGAAAGAGGACAAUCAAGUUGACGUUCGCUUCUUUGGCCACCACCACCAGAGGGCCUGGAUUCCUUCUGAAAACAUUCAGGAUAUCACAGUCAACAUUCAUCGGCUGCACGUUAAGCGCAGUAUGGGUUGGAAAAAGGCCUGUGAUGAACUUGAGCUGCACCAGCGUUUCCUUCGUGAAGGAAGAUUUUGGAAAUCUAAGAAUGAGGACCGAGGCGAAGAAGAGGCAGAAUCCAGUAUCUCCUCUACCAGUAACGAACAACUGAAGGUCACUCAAGAACCAAGAGCAAAGAAAGGACGACGUAAUCAAAGUGUGGAGCCCAAAAAGGAAGAACCAGAGCCUGAAACUGAAGCUGUAAGUUCCAGCCAGGAAAUUCCCACAAUGCCUCAGCAAAUUGAAAAAGUGUCAGUGUCAACUCAGACCAAGAAGUUAAGUGCCUCUUCACCAAGGAUGCUGCAUCGAAGCACCCAGACCACUAAUGAUGGAGUCUGUCAGAGUAUGUGCCACGACAAAUACACCAAAAUUUUCAAUGACUUUAAAGACCGGAUGAAAUCUGACCACAAACGAGAAACUGAGAGAGUUGUCCGAGAAGCUCUAGAAAAGCUGCGUUCUGAAAUGGAAGAAGAAAAAAGACAAGCUGUAAAUAAAGCUGUAGCCAACAUGCAGGGUGAGAUGGACAGAAAAUGUAAGCAAGUAAAGGAAAAGUGUAAAGAAGAAUUUGUAGAAGAAAUCAAGAAGCUAGCAACACAGCACAAACAACUAAUUUCUCAGACCAAGAAAAAGCAGUGGUGCUACAACUGUGAAGAGGAGGCCAUGUACCACUGUUGCUGGAACACGUCCUACUGCUCAAUCAAGUGUCAGCAGGAGCACUGGCAUGCGGAACACAAGCGCACCUGUCGCCGGAAAAGAUGAAGCUGGUCCUUCCUGGAGAGUCACCCCAAUGAUUACUCUUCUCAGAGCGGUUUUUGUUUCCAAGAAGCCAAAAUUGUUUAGAAUUUGCUUCCCAUUUUGCACCAGCCUUUAAACACUUUUCGUGAAGAAAUUUUGCACAGUAGUUUAAAUCUUUUGUUAAUGCUCCUCCAGAGUUUUUCAGGGGGUAAAAGUAACAUCAGUGGAGGGUAUUAUUUUAAAUAAAUUUUAAUUGAGAAUUUGUUGCAUUUUCAGCAAAUUUUAAAACAUUUUUAGGUUUUACAGAGAUUUUAACCUUUAAACAAAAGAUCUUUAAAAAAACAACAGGUGAAUACAAGUGAGUUUAACAAAGAAACAUUUCGAAUAGAUCUGAAUGUAAGAACUACAGAACUGUUUCAGAAAUAAAACAUACUACCUUGACGUAACAUUUAUUUCUUAACCUUGUUGAGCUGGUUUUGUUCAGCUUAAUUUACUGUUCAAAGGCAUUAUCUAUUGGUUAUGCCAGUGGGUAUAUGAUUGAAUUUAGGGAACAGGGUUGACACAGCAGGGCUAGUCCUGCGUAUUUUUUCUUAAAUAUUUCCCAAUUGUGUUUUUCAUUAUUUCUUUUCAAUAUAUAACUUUUAUAACAAAUUAUUAGCUUUGAUCUUGUAGUUUAAAAUUGCAGGGAACUGGGGUAAUCUUUUACUGAGCUGGAUCUUAGAGAAAAUGAAUAUUUAAAUUUUAAAGUUUGCACAUUUCAUCUUUGUCCUAACAUGAGUGCUUGUAAUGAAUAAAUAACAAAAAAUAAAAAGCCAAAAACUACCUUUAUCCAUACAUGAAAUUAUAGAUGAGGCAUACAAAUUUCUUUAAUGCUUCCCUUCCCUUCCCUUCCCAAAUAUCAUCUAACUGCCUAUUAUCUGGUGUCACCUCGUGUAUUAUAAGUUAAUACUGAAAGGAAAGAAAGCACUUAAGUUUCACAGAAGCCGUUAUGUUUGUAGUCAUGGGUCAUUCCCUCCUAGUGAGCUCCAUCACUGUACACAGAAUGAAGAAUAAUGCAUGUUAAUUUUCUUGUACUAAAGAUGCCGUGAUUUGUAAAAAGUCUGUAUCUUGCGGAAUGUCUGGGUUAAGAAGCAUUACCAAUAGGAAUGGAUCGAUAGUUGAAUAAUGAUUUUUUUUUAUACAUAGAUAUAUAAAAUACAGCCAGGAAAACUUAAAUUACUUUUCUUUAAAAGUAUCUCACCAUUUAUGUUUUGCUUCUUGUUUUUUUUUUUUUCAAAGACUGAUCUUAGACCAAGUCAAAUUCCCAUUUAUCAUUUAGGUAUUUUUUGAGGUUAGAGAAAUAAUUUGUAAAUAUUUAUUUAGACCUUUGAUAUUUAUUGAAGCAAUUACUCACAAUGGAAGUGAAAGAAUCAGGAGAAAAGCCUUUUAAAAAGUUUUCUCCAGGUUUGUCAGGGUCACUCUAAAGAUAAAAAUGUAACUGAACUAAGUCUUCUGUGAAAUAUCCAUCUAAUCUUGAUGCUGUUUGCAGAUGGUGGUGACACAAGUUAAUUGACAAACUACUGCCAAAUGGUGCACAAUAUUUUGUACAAACUACCCAGUAGCCCCAUUUCAUACAAUGUACCUGAAUUAUGCAGUAACUGGGCAUCAUUGUUCCCUCUGUGUUGCUGUGUAAUUAGUCACUGUUGCCACGGUACGUGGCGCUGAUAGAAAUAUCAUAACCAAGAACACUUAACCUUCUUUGAUUAUUUUUCAAGUUUUAAAACUUCGAUCCACCCCUAUGAGAGCAAGUUAUUGUGCAAAUAUUUUUGGUGUAAAAUCAUUCCAGAGUAUGUAAUAUUUAACUGAUAGCUGCAUGAAAGUGAGAUUCGUGUUACUUUGGCUUUUUUGUCUCUGUUGACACGGUUGCACAUUUCCAAGUUACUACAGCGUGAAAACUGUGUGUUUAAAAAAAAAAAAAAAACAAAAUUAAAAAAAAAGAGAUUGUGGCCUGGUUUUGUAAAAGUUUUAGGUAAAAUUACAAUUGAUUGUUUUAGGAAUCAUUAAAAUUUUUCUGCAAAUCAUAAAGCUAUAUCAAGGUGUUGAGCUUAGCCACUAUGCACAUUGUAAUUAUUCAUUGUGGCUGUCCAGUUCUAUGAUGCAUUCUGGCAUUUUGUAAGCUGCUCUGACUAGCAAUAUAUAGAUUCAUUUAAUGUGUUAACA